AUGUCAGAGAAAAUGGAGGUUGACCUGACUGGAGUUAAACAAAGUAAAGGCGUGUGGCUUGUGAAGGUUCCCAAGUAUUUAUCUCAGCAGUGGGACAAAGCUGCAGAAAAGGGAGAAGUUGGAAAGAUUACCAUUGGAAAGAAGCAAGGCAAAACAGAGGUAUGUUUCAGCCUCAGUGACGAGCUGAUGGCCUUGGAUGCUGUGGGGGAGAACAAUGCAUCACUGGAGGUCCCAAAGGAUCAUCCCUUCACAAUGCACCCAGUGGGUGGACAGACCAUGGCAGUCUUCAGCCACAGUAACACAGGUCAGUCUAAACCAGCUGUUUCAGGGUCUUCCACAUCAGGCAAGACCCCAGAUGAAAUCAGUCUGGAGGGGAUGGUGGUGCACCGAGCCGAAUGCAGGCCAGCCGUCACUGACAGCUACAUGAAGCUGAAGAAAUUGCAGAUUAAAGAGUCCGUCAAGCCUCAGCGUUUGUCACAGCAGCUGGAGAGAGCCGUCACCACCGUCUUCAAGCCUGUGGCCAACCAUGAUUUCAAUGUGGAGUAUGAGAAGAAAAAGAAGACCGAAGGGAAGAUGGUGAGAGCUGAACGUCAGCUCGUGUUGGACAUGCUCUUCUCGGCCUUCGAGAAGCACCAGUAUUACAACAUUAAGGCGCUGGUGGACAUCACCAAACAACCUGUGACCUACCUGAAAGAAAUCAUGAGGGAAAUCGGCACAUACAACAGCAAAGGCGUUCACAAAAGCACCUGGGAACUGAAGCCGGAGUACCGACACUACCAAUCUGACGAGGAGGAGAUGCAGACCACCUAGGCCGAGCCAGAGUCCUCUGAAGUAUCUUCUGGGCCUCAAAUUUGCAAUAAAUUUGUUU